GUGAAGCUCUUCCGUCCCCUUCCUGGGCGACGCCGCGGCGCUGGCCCCUCGUCGGCCUUCAUUACCGUGUAUUUUAUUUUUUCCCUCCUCUGCCUUUGUUUUGCCUCGUCCUCGUCCUCUCAUCCCCGCUUGUGCCACGCAGCCGUGUCAUACCCGCCCAGUUACAAGAAGACUCCGCCUCCCGUGCCCCCGCGCACCGCCACCACCAAGCCUCUUAUCUCUGUGACAGCCCAGAGCAGCACAGAGUCCACCCAAGAUGCCUACCAGGAGGGCAGGCAUCCGCGGGGUGGUCUGUGGACCACCGACAGCCUUGGUCGUCCCGUCUACAGCUCCACCGACAGCCUGGACAGCGCCAAGGCGGUCACCAUGGCCAUGGAGUCGGCCGCAAGCAAGAGGCUCGCCUCUUUAGGCAGCCACACCUCCGUCCAGACGUGUGACAAAGCCGUGCUGGUGUCCAAGGCUGAGGAGUACCUCAAAACCCCCCGAUCCUCCAUUGGCAUACAGGUGGAAACGGUGACAGACUCGGAAGCUGAAAGUAAAGGUCUUCCUCAGUUCCAUUCAAUAGGGAUCCAGGUGGAGGAUAAAAAGCGGCGCGGGAGGUUCAAGCGCUCCAACAGCGUGACCACGGCGGUGCAAGCGGACUUGGAGCUGGAGGGCUUCCCUUCCAUGGAGGACAAGGGCCUGCAGUUUGGCGGCGGCUUCGGGCGCCACUCGGAGCCCAGCACGCCCACGCAGUACGGCGCCAUCCGCACGGUGCGCACGCAGGGCCUGUUCAGCUACCGGGAGGACUACCGGCCCUCCAGCGGCCCGCCCAGCCCGCAGCCGGCGGAGCCCUGGCUGGUGGAGCCCGGCCUGGAGAGCGCCGAGGCGGGCCGGGCGUCCCCCCUGCGCAGGGACGGCGGCUGGUUCAUGCAGCUCCUCCACAACGAAACCAAGCGGCUGGAGGCGUGGUGCAAAGAGAUGGAGAGAGAAGCCGAGGAGCACGACCUGUCCGAGGAGAUCCUGGGGAAAAUCCGAAGUGCGGUUGGAAGCGCUCAGCUGCUAAUGUCUCAAAAGUUCCAGCAGUUUUAUUGGCUGUGCCAGCAGAAUCUGGACCCCAGUGCCAUGCCCAGACCCACAUCUCAGGACCUGGCAGGAUUCUGGGACCUUUUGCAGCUUUCCAUCGAUGAUGUCACUGCCAAGUUUGACGAGCUGCAGCAGAUCAAGAGCAACCAGUGGCAGCUGGUGGAGAGCCCCGAGAAGAAGGAGCGAAAGUGGCCUCCCCCUCUGCCAAAGAGACCAGCAAAGGGCCGCGGCGGCGUGACUCGGGAGCGCUCUCUGGACCUUCAGGACCGCCAGCGACAGGAAGCCCGCAGACGCCUCAUGGCCGCCAAACGAGCGGCUUCAUUCAGACAGAACUCAGCCACGGAGAGGGCGGACAGCAUCGAGAUCUACAUCCCCGAAGCCCAGACCCGGCUUUGA